GCCGCUGACGUCAAACCUUGGAAAGAGACUGAAGGCUAAACGGAUAAGUCUCAUGAAGAAGCGGAGUUCUAACCGCUUGACAUCGGUCUCUGGAGAGAGAGAGCCAGCUGCUCGACUGGACCGGCAGGAUUCAACCGCCUUGACAGCGCUCAGGUUCAUCAGUAAGGCUGACGGUGCUGCUGGCUGGACCGCCGUCGAGAAUCGGUUUGUUGAGAUCACGGCCACUAGUGGUGGAUUGCUGCCAAGGUCAAAAUUUGGAGAAUGCAUAGGGAUGGAUUCAAUAGACUUUGCCUUGGAACUGUUCGACGCAUUAGCUAGAAGAAGGCUUAUGACACUAGACACUAUCGAUGGAGACCAGUUAAGGGAGUUCUGGGAACAAAUAAGUGCUCAAAGCUUUGAUUCCAGGCUUCAAACUUUCUUUGACAUGAUUGAUUCAGACGCCAAUGGUAGAUUAACUGAAGACCAAGUCAGACAGAUCAUCAACCUUAGUUCGUCCACCAACAAUUUGCCAAACAUCCAAAAACGGACAGAUGAAUAUGCUGCAAUGAUAAUGGAAGAGCUUGACCAAGAUAAUAUAGGAUACAUCAUGAUAGAGAGUCUUGAGACCUUGCUUUCGUAUGCGGAGACACAACAUAUACGCAGAGAUAGUGAAGGUAGCAAGAAGCUAAGCCACAUGCUAAGUCUUAAGCUUAAUACUACCCGUGACCCUAAACCGUUGAAGGGAUGGUACAGUGGACUGAGACACUUCGUAUCAGAUAGCUUGCAAAUGGUGUGUGAGCCACCUCCGGUCCGAGACAAGUAUCUUCGUGCAUAUAGCUGCGAGGAAAUGAACCCAUACAGUUUUCCCAAAAUCAUGAUUGAUGGUCCAUAUGACGCACCUGCACAAAAUUACAAGAAAUAUAACGUGAUUUUACUGGUCGGGCUUGGGAUUGGGACCGCUCCAAUGAUGAGCAUUAUCAAGGACAUCAUCAACAAUGUGGAGGCCAAGGAACAUUCCCAAAUCAACCAAAUGGAGGAGGGAACACAACGACAUCAACAAGGUGAAAAGGAAAGUAUGAAGACUCGAAAGGCUUACUUCUAUUGGGUAACAAAGGAUCAAGGCUCAUACAGUUGGUUUCAGAACAUCAUGAACGAGGUAACAGAACGGGACACAAAUGGAGUCGUUGAAGUAAAUAACUAUUGCACUAGCAUCUACGAAGAAGGAGAUGUUCGUUCUGUGUUCAUACGUAUGCUUCAGUCUCUAAACCAUUCCAAAAAUGGCGUGGACAUUGUCUCUGGGACAAGGGUCAUGACCCACUUCGCCAAACCUAACUGGAAAAACGUCUACAAACAGAUAGCCAUGGAUCACUAUGGCUCUCAUGUUGGAGUGUUUUAUUGUGGAGAAGUUUCACUGGCAGAGGAGUUAAGGCAGCUAGCUUUGGAGUUCACACACAAGACAGAAACUAGAUUCUCCUUCCACAAAGAGAACUUCUACCCACCAUGCUGAUAAAUAAUGAUGGUACAACAAGAUGAUUAAUGAAAUAAUUUUGGAGUAAGAAAGUGUGUUGUGAUGAUUAAGUAUUGGACGUGUGUGUGCGUGCGUGUGUGUUUGAGUCAUUUUUCAGUUUCGAAAUCAUGUUUAACAUGAUGUAAUGUAAUAAUAACUAAUAUUAGUUACACAAUUGGUUGAACAAGAAUUUUUUUUGUUGUCACAAAGUCGAAUAAGAAGAAGAAGAAGAAUAAGAAUAUUUACACCAAA